GUGGGUACCAACUUGACGAAGUUGUUGAAAUACAAAUGCGAAAUGCAUGGAACAUGGGGAAGCAGAGCCAUCGCUCAAGUUCACACUCACACGCACAGCUCAGCCACACACUGCAAAAUCCAAACCAAAAUGGCAGAAAAAGAAGCCAUCGAAGCUCAGAGCAAGUUCCGAUCAGAGUUCCUGCAAGUCCUCCGUAGCAGGCGACCAGCUCAAGUUCCGCUAACCGUCGAACUCGCGAAGCCAGUGGCCAAUCCUUUACAUCAGAACUCUCCUCCAUCUGUCGAAGAGUUGGAGAUUAUGAAGUCUUGUCCAAAGGCAGACAUAGAAAACCUUGAAGAUUUGCUCAAGGAGGAGAACCUGUACUUGACUAUGGAGGAAGGAGAGCAAGGACGGUUACCUUUGUUGAUUUUGAGUUUGAAGGAAAGCGAUAAGAAGAGAAGGCCUGCAGUUGUUUUCCUUCACAGCACAAACAAAUUUAAAGAAUACUUGCGUCCUUUACUUGAGUCUUAUGCUUCGCGAGGAUAUAUAGCAAUUUCCGUUGAUUCUCGUUACCAUGGUGAACGUGCUAGCAGCACAACCACCUAUCGUGAUGCUCUCAUUUCUGCCUGGAAAACCGGUGAGACGAUGCCAUUCAUAUAUGACACGGUCUGGGACUUGAUUAAAUUGGCAGAUUAUCUAACAGAGAGAGAGGAUAUAGACCCUUCUAGGAUAGGAAUCACUGGAGUAUCGCUUGGAGGAAUGCAUGCAUGGUUUGCCGCAGCUGCUGAUACUCGCUAUGCUGUAGUUGCUUCUGUGAUCGGUGUUCAGGGGUUCCGAUGGGCCAUAGACAAUGAUAAGUGGCAUGGUCGAGUUGACAGUAUAAAGCCUGUUUUUGAGGUGGCUCGUGAUGAUUUGGGUAGAGGUGCUAUUGACAAAGAAGUGGUGGAGAAGGUGUGGGACAGGAUUGCUCCUGGUUUAGCUUCCCAUUUUGAUUCGCCCUACUCAAUUCCAUCUAUUGCACCACGACCUCUGCUUAUUAUUAAUGGUGCAGAAGAUCCUCGAUGUCCCCUCGCAGGCUUGGAAAUUCCAAGGUUAAAAGCAAGCCCGGCAUACGGAGAGUUUCACUGUUUAGAUAAUUUCAAGUUUAUUGCGGAACCUGGAGUUGGACACCAAUUAACGAGAUUCCAGCUAAAGGAAUCAUCUGAUUGGUUUGACAGGUUUUUAAAGCCUUAGCCGGUGCCCUCGGAUGUGUUCAUAAAGUCCUGUAUGACUGUUAAAUACCAGCUUGCUCUGGCUCAUUCCAGUUGCCUUUGUAUGAUUGUAUGUGUCAUGUUACGAAUAAUGCGAAUGCUUUACCUGUUGAAUGUAUCCUCUAGUCUAAGGUGUCACCAUUAUUUGUAGUUCUAUAAAUGUUGAACCAUAGUUCUAUGUAACUUUUAUUUAUGCCAAGGAGACAUGAUUCUUAUGUGCUUUGGGUACACGCCCCUAAUGCAUUU